GUACCGCGGCUAAUUAUCGUUGCGCCGGCGCUUACGAUUUACGUAUAUUGGAUAGUGCUGCGACGGGUAUUAAACAUGAUGGCACUAUGUGUGAUACCUGCCGUCAACAGCCCAUUUUUGGUAUACGUUGGAAGUGUGCCGAGUGUGUUAACUAUGACUUAUGUUCGAUUUGUUAUCAUGGCGAUAAGCAUCAUUUAAGACAUCGUUUUUAUCGCAUUGCAACACCGGGUGGUGAACGUACUAUGAUUGAACCAAGACGUAAAUCGAAGAAAGUAGCAGUACGUGGUAUUUUUCCGGGAGCGCGUGUAGUACGCGGUGUCGACUGGCAAUGGGAAGAUCAAGAUGGUGGCGUUGGUCGUCGUGGUAAAGUUAAUGAAAUACAAGACUGGUCUUCGGCUUCACCACGUUCCGCCGCCUAUGUUGUUUGGGAUAAUGGUGCAAAGAAUUUGUAUCGUGUGGGUUUUGAGGGAAUGGCUGAUUUGAAGGUCGUCAACGAUGUCAAAGGCAAUACAGUUUAUCGCGAUCAUCUUCCCCUGCUGGGAGAAAAUGGUCCUGGCAAAGGACCACACGGUUUUCAAAUUGGCGAUAAAGUCACCGUCGAUUUGGACUUGGAAAUUGUACAAUCGUUACAACAUGGCCAUGGCGGUUGGACCGAUGGUAUGUUUGAGUGUCUCAAUAAUGUAGGCCUCGUAGUGGGUAUCGAUGAAGAUCACGAUAUAGUAGUUGGCUACAAUUCCGGUAAUCGUUGGACUUUUAAUCCAGCCGUACUUACCAAGGUAGCCUCACCUACAACGGCACCACCCGAGUUUCAAGUUGGUGAUAUUGUUAAGAUCUGUUCAGAUGUCGAGAGUAUUAAACAAAUGCAAAAGGGUCAUGGUGAAUGGGCCGAUGCUAUGCAAUUGACUUUGGGUAAAGUGGGUAGAGUACAACAGGUCUAUCAUGAUAAUGAUCUAAAGGUAGAGGUGGGUAAUACCUCUUGGACUUAUAAUCCAUUGGCGGUAACAAAAGUGGCAUCCGCCAAUGCGGAUGGCAGUUGUGUGCCCGUCAUAUCAAGUGGUGAACGUUUGUCGGCGAUUUUAAAACACUUAUUUGAGCCCAGUGUUUCGGGAGAUGCUACUGAGGAGUUCGUUAAGGCAGCGGCUAAUGGUUAUGCGCAACGUUGUGAGGAAUACUUAACCGGAGCGGUGCAGGCUUCCAGCAGUUCUUCUUCUGGAGCUGCAGCCUCUUCCUCAGCGGGCGCUGCACAAACUGUUAAUACCAUAGCCGAUGUUAAUGGUGUGUUUGCUGGUCAUACCGCUUUACAGGCUGCUAGCCAAAAUGGACACAUUGAAGUCAUACAAAUUUUACUUUGCCAUAAUGUGGACGUUGAAAUCGAAGAUAAAGAUGGUGAUCGUGCUGUACAUCAUGCUGCCUUUGGUGAUGAACCGGCCGUUAUUGAAUUACUCUCAAAGGCAGGAGCUGACCUUAAUGCUCGCAAUAAACGACGUCAGACAGCUUUACAUAUAGCCGUCAAUAAGGGACAUUUGAAUGUGGUAAAGACUUUAUUGAGUUUGGGUUGUCAUCCCAGUUUGCAAGACUCUGAAGGUGAUACUCCUUUGCAUGAUGCCAUUUCCAAAGAACACGAUGAAAUGUUAAGUUUACUUUUGGAUUAUGGCGCUGAUAUAACACUCACCAAUAAUAAUGGUUUCAAUGCUUUACAUCAUGCUUCCCUUAAAGGCAAUCCUAGCGCCAUGAAGAUUUUAUUAACAAAAACCAAUCGUCCAUGGAUUGUGGAAGAAAAGAAAGAUGAUGGCUAUACCGCUUUACAUUUGGCCGCAUUAAAUAAUCAUGUAGAAAUAGCUGAACUUUUGGUGCAUAUGGGUAAGGCCAAUAUGGAUAGACAAAAUGUUAAUCUACAGACGGCUUUACAUUUGGCGGUGGAACGUCAACAUGUGCAAAUUGUUAAGCUGUUAGUACAGGAAGGCGCCAAUCUUAACAUUCCCGAUAAAGAUGGUGAUACACCGCUGCACGAAGCCUUAAGGCAUCACACUUUAUCUCAGCUGAAACAAUUGCAAGAUGUGGAGGGUUUUGGCAAACUAUUGAUGGGUCUUAGAAAUCCUAAUAAUAAAAAGGCUUCUGCUUCCAUAGCCUGUUUUCUAGCGGCUAAUGGAGCUGAUUUAACACUAAAGAAUCGUAAAUUGCAAACACCUUUAGAUUUGUGUCCCGAUCCGAAUUUAUGCAAGAAUUUAGUGAAAUGUUAUAAUGAACGCAAGACAGAUGAUACAGAUUUACCGGGUAAUGUGGCUGGCACCAGUACUAGAGCUAAAGCUUUGGCCCACAGCUCAGCCGCAGCCCAACCAAGACCUUUAUCAGCAGCAGUAGCAUCAAGUUCAGCGGCUGCUAAUGCCGCUGUAACAGCUAAUAUGCCUAAACAUGCGGUCGCUACGGGUUCAGUUAAUGGUGGGCUAAAUACUUUGGUUCAGGAUCUAACACAAUCUUUGCAUAUAACUUCCUCAGCAGCCAAUAAUGAUACAACUAAUGCUUCCACUUUGGAGGAAUGUUUCUUAUGUUCGGAUUAUAAACGAGAUACGGUAUUUAAGCCUUGUGGCCAUGUUUGCUGCUGCGAUAAUUGUGCCCCACGCGUUAAGAAAUGUUUGAUAUGCCGCGAAACCGUUUCCUCACGUGAAAAAAUCGAUGAAUGUUUAGUUUGCUCAGAUCGCCGGGCUGCAGUAUUCUUUAAACCCUGUGGCCAUAUGGUGGCCUGUGAGAAUUGUUCCAGUUUAAUGAAGAAAUGUGUAUUAUGUCGUACACAAAUUGAAGAAAUCAUGCCUUAUUCCUUAUGCUGUGGCGGUGAGGGUAGCAUAGAAAAGGUGCAUAAUCCCAAUAUGCAUAAUGAAAAUGAAAAACCACAAGCUAUGCUGCCCACUGGUGGUGGUAUUAAUACUUCCGGUCAUGGUGUAGCCAUGAAUAAUACCUUAACCACAACACCCAAUGGUAAUGCUGCCCAACAGGUGCAAUCACAAAAUAAUCUAUUAGCGGCCGCAGCUGCUGCAAAUAAUGCCAGCAAUAGUGGCCUGGUAGCACCAUCCAAUGUUAAUAAUUUCCAAAUGGAUGAUGUACAAAAGCUCAAACAACAAUUACAGGAUAUUAAAGAACAGACCAUGUGCCCCGUUUGUUUUGAUCGCAUGAAAAAUAUGGUUUUCCUUUGUGGACAUGGUACUUGUCAAAAUUGUGGCGAUCAAAUCGAUGGUUGUCCCAUAUGCCGCAAAACCUUGCAACGCAAAAGCCCUAGCUUUCGUCGUGGUACUAAAAAUAAACAACAAAAUAAAUAUAAACUGGAAUAUAUGCAAGAAUCACCAUCCACAGAUUCCUCGUAUAGAUCCAAUACAACAGCAAAACGAAAUGAACAAAUUUCGCAACAGACUGUGUCCAUACAAAAUCUACAAUUUCCCGAAAUAAACAGCAAUAGGACCGGAAUGUUUAAAGUAAAAUGUCAAAGAAAUGAACUAAAACAUCCCGAAUCCAGUACAACACCAACAGCAGCUAAAGAACGUGGUUAUGACUUUACCAGUUCAACAAAUUCAUAUUUUGCCCAAAUGGUGGUAACGAUACCGAAAAAAUUUCGAGCCAAAUGUUCGUCAAACACAUCAUCUGAAGUUAAACCCCUCAAACAGCAGUCAUCAGAUACUUUAAAGAGUUCAAAACCAACCAGAAAACAACAAACAGCCACUUCACAGCAAAUGAUCGAUAGUCAACAUGAAGGCUCUGAGAAACCUACGAAUUUCCAUGGUGCCGAAUGGCGUAGACCCUGUAAAGAGAGUUUUGUGGCCGGAGCUCCUCGCAAAUACACCGGAACAUGUCCCGCCAAUUAUGAACAAUUAUCGAAAAUGUCUAAGUCAAGACAAAAAUUCUUUUUAACGCAAGAUCCUCGUAAAGUACAAUGUCUCGUCAAUCCGGAAGUUUUACGCAGCAAGGAAUAUUCCAAGAAAAAAGAAUUCACAACUUUAACGAAAAUGGUUAAACAUGCACAAAAUGUUUGCGCUGCUACGGCUUCUGAAUCUUCAGAGGAUUUCAUUUGUGAAGUAAUCGAUUUGGAGAAUCCAAUGCAAUUGGAUUUUCAGGGUCUAGACUAUCAGAAUACGUAUCAAAAAGAUGAACAGGAUUUUCAAAAUCAACGUAACUAUCGCAGGGUAUGCCGCUAUAUGGAGAGAAGGAGAGUAAAGGCCGAAACGGAGGCAAUUGUUGAGGCGGAGUUACAUGAGGAAAUGAUAAAUGUACCCAAACGUUUCGAUAUACGAGAUCGCAAUGAAGCUGUACAGGCUACUCCACCUGAAACCCCUUUAAAGUUAGGUAAACUUUAUCGUUCAGCCGACAAACCCCAUAAUCAGAAGCUAAUAAUGUUGGAAAAUGAACGGCGUCGAGAACGAUACAAAGAUCUUUAUCUGCGAAACAAGGCAAGACAAGAGCAGAAAAGACUAGCUGAAGAAGUACGCAAAAAGGUGGAGAACGAAAAUCUGGCACUGACUUUAGCCGAUGCAAAUCUCAAGAAACUUGUGACAAGCAUAGAUGAAACCAUAGAAAGAUGUGCAGGAAUAGAAUUGAAUGUAAAGAAGAAGAUAGAAACUGAAAGACGCAGCUUCCCUCAUACUAUGCAAGAGACUAAACAAUUCAAGAGAGAUUUAAAACAUACAAAUCUUAUAAAACGUGAUAAAGCCCGAGUAACAAAAGAGUUCUUUUUGGAACGUAAAGGCAAAGUUAAGAAGAUACCAGCUGCUGAGUUGGAAAUAAGCUCGGAGACUAAUGAACAACGCAAUGUAACAGAUUCCAACUUAACCGAACAAUCUACAGAUGAUGAAGAUAAUCUGGAAGUGGGUAAACAGGCAAGCAAAUUUAAACUUCGAGGUUUUCAAUAUAAAAUGGACACCAAAUUAAGAGGCAAACUGACACAACAUGAGAAACUGCGGGGAACACGUAAGGAAAAGACUUGCAUAACACGUGAACAAUGGCUAAAAGAGUUGGCACCCAAAAAGCAGCACAUAAAACUGGAUGUAGAGAUGGGCAUACAAAAAUUACGCACACCAGAUGAUCCGCAAUUAGUGUUAUUUCCACCACCAUUUGGUUUUAAACCACCCCAAGCGGAAGGCUCUACCAUAAGGGACUAUAUUCACAAACCUUUAGGGCGACAUUAUGAACGUGUUAGACGUAAAAAUUUGAAAUUUGCCAAACCACGCUUACGCUAUAAUGUCAAGAAGUUUAAUUUGAUCAGCUAUCGUUUUGGUGAUACCUCGAAAAGAUUUUCCCAGCUUAAAGAUCCUUUGGCCGAUGUAGCAAUUUUAAAACUUAAAUCAACCAAUGAGUUUAUGGCCGCCAAAGCUCUUAGGGAGAAGCGUAAACAAGAGCAGAUGAAACAGCAGAGACUUAAACUUUUGGGUAUACCCUGUAGGCCAUUGAAAAAAUCACGUUUACAAACAAAAUGUGAAAAUUCUUCUAGCAGUUCCGAUAGCGACUGGGUGCCAGCACAAGAACCAUUAGUAGAUGAGUUAGAGAACGAAGAUUUACGUCCUCUAGAAAGGGAAAUAAAACCCUUAAAAUUACGUGGCAAUAUGCCAGCUCCUAAAUAUCGAGAACCUACUUUACGGCAACAUCCCAGAAAUCCAAGAGAUUAUAACAAACUAAGAGUGGCAUCCGAAAUAUUCGAUCAAAUAGUUUUAAGCACUAACUUGCCCUAUAUGCAAAAGUUGGCUGAGGAUGAAGUGGAACUGGCUAAUGUUGAGCAACAAAAACGGCGGCCUUACACUGAUCGUUUCGAAGCGCGACAUCAUCAUGAUCAUUGGAAAGCCACCCAGGUCAAACAGGUACGCGUACACUACCAACCACAAUUGGUGCAAGCAGAAAUUACGAAAAUUAAAAAGAAAACUGAUCGUGUGCUAAUGGAAAACUUUCGUAUGGCCAAUCCUCCCUGUAAUCAGUUUGUUGACAUGGAUCUAAGUUGUCCUCAGUAUAAUUUUGAAGAAAUGAUCAAGGAUCAACAAAACAAAAGCAAAAAAAUUAAAACAAAGGAUUCGGGUGUGGUAAAAACUCCAGAUAUCUGCCAGCAAAAUGACUACAAGUUACAAACUAGAGAUCCCAAAGAACUGGAAAACCUUGAUUAUCCGGGACGCCAAGAAUACUUGCAAUUACUGAGAGAUGCCAGAGAAUUAUAUAAAGAAAGUCAGCAAAUGGAGGAUCCAACAACAAAACUUUAUGUUAAUAAAACGGAUUUAUUCACAGAGUUGGAGGAAGAUUUAAAAAGCAUAGAAAGUUGCUUGACCUCCUUGAGUAGUUCUGUCUGCACAAAUCUUACCAAUGACAGCGGCAGUUAUUUGCUAAUGGAGGGCAAAGAAAAGAUACCUUUGGAUUAUAUACGCAAAUCUAUAGUACCCUUUGAGGAAUUGCAGAGAUCACGCUUUCAAGCCGUACCCAUAGAUGUGGAUAAAGAGCAAAACAAUCCUUUCCAAAUGUUACCUUUUGCCGGACAAAAGAAAGCUCAACUAGAAUUAACUACAGCCAAGGAUAGUUUUUUCACUUUUAAUACACGUCUAAAGAAUGGCCUGCGUCUGCGUUUGGAGGUACCCAUAGAAGAUGUUAGGGAAAAGCUAUUAGGUCAAGGCUCUAACAAACACAAAGGUGUGGUGGCCACCGAUAUCGAGGAAAACUAUGUGGAAGAGUUAAAGAAUAGACCGGCAAUUAAACAAAUUAAAUUCAAAAGCGGCCAAUCCUUCAUCAAGGAUGCUUUACGUUUGAAAUUUGAAUCCCUGCUAAUACAGGGACAAAUGGUGCGCACUAAAAUCUAUGAUCGCCUAAACGAACAACAUUGGUGUGACAUGCAAAGGGUUAAGGAAUUGUUUGAGAAACUUUUUGCCAAAUGGGAGAAACGGGAAUAUGAUGCCGCCAUGGCGGUGGUUUAUAAGGUGAAAAAUUACUACGAUGAAACCGAUAGUUUGAAAACUCAACUGAAAAACCUAGAACGUGAAAUGGUUAUACUCAAUAUGGACAUUGUUUUUAUAGAGGGUCAUUGGGUGCGUUGUAUUAUGCUGCAAAAUUUCCAUUAUUUGCUAGGAGAUCAAGAGUGGCGUGUGCAGAACGAUUGGAUUCAUCGUCUCGAAGCUGAAGAAGAAGAAGAAUUGGAAAACUUUGAGGUUUCUAUAGCCAAACGCUCUACUAUGAAUAUACGCAAACGUGAAAAGGAUGAUGCCUGGGCUAUAAAAACCUUUUAUGAAGAAGAAUAUUUGCGCAAUAAACAUGAUAAUCUAAUAGUAUUUCCCAAUGCCUUAAGUUUCCUAGAGGGUCUGGAAAAUUUAAAAAACAAGACAUUUGUUUUACUACUCGAAAUGCAUUUCACCUUUAAUCUACACACCGAAUUGCAAUACAAAUUGGAAACUUUUGUGGAUUGGUGUGCGGAUGAUUUGCAGGACAAAGAGCAAUUUGUAAGUCGCAAAUGUGCUAAACUAUAUUUUAUGUCUGAUCGCGCCAAAUGGUUAAGUCAACGUACUUUACGUUUUCUACAACAACCUAUCGAGGAGUGCUUUAAUGAUGUGUCAUUUCAAAAAGAUCGUGCUAUUAUAGGGGAAGCUUGGCGUCGUAUAGUGCCCGCCAGUUUAAGGGGAACCAGUGGUCAAGAAUUGUAUACCAUAGAAAUGGUGGCCAUGAUGUCGGAAGUGGUAAUGGAGCUUAUAGCUAAAUUCGAAACCAUACCUAUGGAUUUGGCCCGCCAGAGCGAAAACAAACUACGCUCUAAACGGGCUUACUUGCGCAAACAAUCCUAUCAGGCUUAUCACAUAGAGCGGCGUAUAGAUAUGGAAAUGAAAAAGGUGGUUAAGAAUCUAGAACCUCCCUAUCAAAAGGCCAAACGCCGGCCCAGCAAACUACCCCGUUAUUUCAUUAAAAAACGAGCAAAAACUGUAAAAAUCGAAGAGAAGAAAAUAACCGAGCGAGCCAAAUUCUUUUUUCGCGCCUUUCACGAAGACGGCCUCAUUGAGGAGGCCAGCGAGUUUAGGGAUAGUAUUACACAACUGGACACGACUCAAGAACAAAUUGUACCAUUUUAUUUUGAUCAUUUUCUAAAACUGAAUGGUUACACGCCGAACUAUAAUUUCAAAACACAAAUUGAACUGAGAGAUGGAGCGGAAAUUGAUCGGCUGCAAGUUAAAUCGGUUAUACCGGAGAUUCAAGAACGCAUGGAACAGUGGGAGGCGAUGAAGAAGAGAAUUAUGGAGGAUAAUAUUGCUCAGAAUCCAAAAAUGUAUAUUGAUGUAAUGACUUGAUUUCGGGGUUGCUAGCGAAGUUGGAAAUUGUAUUUGAAUUCUGUAUAUUUUUUAAUAAAACAUUAAUUAACUUUGGAAAGUU